AUGGAGAGUAACAGAAAAGUGCAGUAUCUGGCCGCAUUUAGUGUGUCGUUAGCUUUCUUAGCGGUGGGAGCGUGCUCGGCAUGGCCCACACCCGUAUUACUGAAAUUUCAUAAUAAUAAAACCUCUGUGGUGAUUUCUAAUACGGAGAUAUCAUGGAUGCUAGGACUGAACCCAAUUGGAUUCCUUAUCGGCAGUUUCACAGCACGCUUCGUUAUAGACAAGUUCGGGAGAAGAUAUACAUUAUUAGCUAGUAUGGUACCCGUAGUCGUUGGAACGGUCAUAGCCGUAUCCGUUACAAGAGGCUGGAUGCUUAUGAUGACGCAAUUUUUGUGGAGCUUUGGCACUGCUAUUCUUUGUACGGUCCAAGGUAUAUAUUUUGCUGAAAUAGCGGAUAAAGACAUUAGAGGCACCCUCUCGUUGUCAACAAGAUACAUGUUUAAUCUUGGGAAUCUUCUAGUCAUCGGUGCUGGCCCAUUCAUAACUUAUCAAACACUAAACUUGUGUUUGCUUUUUAUACCGUUGACUUUUUUGAUUGCCUCGUUCUGGAUACCGGAGACACCAUAUUAUUAUCUAAAAGAGGACAGAGUAAACGAGGCGAGGAAGGUUUUGAUGCAGUUGCGAGGAAUCAAAGAUGAAAAGGAAUUAGAUUCUCAAUUAGCAUUGAUUGAGAUGAAUGUGAAAGAGGACAUGACCAAAUCCAGUUCAGUGAAACAGCUCUUUUCUGGAGCCAAAUACAGGAAGGCUAUUGUGAUCGUUUCAGGCCUGAAAAUUACGUCAAUAUUUACGGGAACGGUGACAAUAAGACAAUAUUUCGGCAGGAUACUACAAGAAGGUCGCAUACCCAAAGAAAUGGAAGGAACAGUAUUUAUUGUAUUCGGAGCGGUUGGAUUCUUGACGGCAAUUGUAGCUUCAGUGCUAGUUGAUAGAUUGGGUCGCCGGCCCCUUCUAAUCGGUUCAUAUAUCGUAACCGGUGUAUGUCUCGCCGCAAUUGGGAUUUACUUCUUUCUGCAAGAUGCUGUGCUUGUUGAUAACGCAGCCAUGUCGCCAUAUGGGUACUUGCCUUUCAUUGGCAUACUCCUCGUCACUGUCAGCUCAACGAUUGGCUUCAAUUCAAUAGUGAACUUCAUGCCCGCUGAAUUAUUUCCUUUGAACGUUAAAGCCAUUGCUAUGUCCCUAAACGGGAUAUUGAGCGGUGUAUUGGGCUUCGCGAUUGCCAAAUCUUACCAAGAUAUCAAGGAUUUGUGUGGAAUUUAUACGGUUUUUUGGAUUUUCACGGUAUUCAGUUGCGCUGGAGGCGUUUUCUGUUAUUAUUUAGUACCGGAAACUAAGGGUAAGGGCUUAGCGGAAAUUCAAGAAAUGUUGCAAAGUCCUUGGCUAGAGUUAAGGACGUGCGAUGGUACCGCGAAGUUUAAGAUUGGCGAUAAUAAAGAUAGUGAAGAGGAAAGAGCGUCAUUAACGGAAGUGACCAUAAUUUGAUAAUUAGAUAUAAGUGACUUUUUAUGAUUUUUAAUGUCGAAGUCUCGGUUGUUGGCCUUGCAAAUGUUCAAUGCAUGAUUAUCACGGAACCGAAAUCACAUAUGAUAAGAUUAGUUGUAGUGGCUGGAGAAGGCUUUGUUACUGUAUAAAAGCGGAGCAGAUGAUCUUUUGAUUCUCAGAAGACAUAGAUGUAUUUAGUCGAGUAUGGUUGGUACCGUAUAUACAUAUAUGCGGUAAUAUAAUACUAAGGUUGGUAGGCUCAGAUUUGCACAUGUGGAUAUUCUAUUCUAUCUGGAACUAACCAUCCCAGCAAGUAGUGUCUAAAUAUAGCACAAUUAAAAUUACUUUUUAUUACGCUUUUUUUACGACUUAAUCUCGCGUUUGUUAGUUUGAUUUUUAUUUUGUCCAAGUUUCGAAUGUUUGACAGUUUUUAUAGUGAUAUCAUAUUAUUAUGUGGAAAAUUAACGCGAUUUUAAAUCGUAAAAAUAGCUUCAAUUAUGUCUCUAUUUCAUAAGACUGAGAUUCUAUUGUUGUAAGUACUACUACUGUAAGUUUGAAUAAGAAAGAUAUUGAUAUAUUUUUAAUACUUAAACGAACGAAUGGGAGAGUAGUUUGGGCAUAGUUAUGUAAACAGUAUUAUGAUAAA